UUUUCGGCAGUCUUAGAGCUUGCUGCCGCCUGGCUUCCUUGCUUGAAGCAUCCCGGACAUUAGGGACGGUGGAGGAGCAUAGAGCAGUCCCUGCGUGAUUGGAUACGCCACCGCUCCUCCGUUGUACCCGUCUUCGCACCACCGCUCCAGCGUUGGCCCCGGCGCCAUGGACAUUCGUGUAAAAUAACUUAUCAGCAGACGCCUUUUAUUCUGGACGGAGGCGCCUCAAAAAGAGACUCCAUUCAUGUAAAGUAGGUUAUCAGCGGACGCCAUUUUAUUCUGGAAGGGCCCAUGGCGGCCCUUCGUGCGCGAGCCCAUGAAGGCUGGCCGGCGACGACCCGAAAACCUUUCCGAAGGCGUCAACACUUCUCCCGUUUCUUUAUGUCCGCGCAUUGGGCCCUCCCGAUCCUCGUCGUCAGCUGCUUCACUAUACAAGGCACCGUUACAGCCACCCCCGACUACCGCGACGCUCUAUCGAAGGCUCUCCUCUUCUUCGACGGCCAGCGGUCGGGAAACCUCACCAGCGCCGCGAUCAAGACCAGGACGACGUGGCGCGGCGACUCCGGCCUUACCGACGGCAAAGCGCAGAAGGUCGACUUGGUCGGCGGCUACUAUGACGGCGCGGGGAACGUUAAGUACGGCCUGCCUCUCGCCUUCUCCCUCACGCUUCUCUCCUGGGCGGCUGUCGACUACCAGCAGCAGCUCGCCGCGGUUAGCGGCCAGCUAACCGCGGCGCGCGAUGCGAUCCGCUGGGGCACGGAUUACCUCCUUAAAGCGCACUCGGGGGCGAAUGAGCUCUGGGUGCAAGUAGGCGACGGCCCGAGCGACGACUUGUGCUGGCAGCGGCCCGAGGACAUGACGACGGACCGCACCGCGUACCGCGUCAACGCGACGCUGCCGGGAUCCGACGUGGCAGGCGAGACGGCGGCGGCGAUGGCGGCGGCGUCGCUAGUGUUCGCGAAAGUGGAUCCGGCGUAUUCGUCGCUGCUGCUGAACCGGUCGCAGCAGCUGUUCGCUUUCGCGGACACUUAUCGCGGGGUGUAUUCGGACUCUAUCCCCAUCGCCAGGCGGAACUACCCCUCGUGGACCGGAUACGAGGACGAGCUGGCGUGGGCAGCAGCAUGGCUACACAGAGCAACGGGAUCGAGCCAGUACGUGGACUAUUUGGUGGCCCAAGACGAGCAGCUGCAGGGGUCGUCGCAGUCCUCCACUGAGUUCAGCUGGGACGACAAAUUCGCCGGCGCGCAAGUGCUCAUGGCAAAGGUUCUACUGCAAGGCAGCAGCGGCGGCGGGGCCUCUAAUCUGAGCUCGGCAGCGCAGAUGGUGGUUGAGGGGUACCGGGCCAUGGCGGACGCCUUUGCGUGUGCUUACAUGCCCGACAACUCGCUGCACUCCAUCUACGUCACCCCUGGCGGUCUGGUGUACGUUCGGUCACGCAACAGCCAGUACGCCUCGUCAGCGGCGUUCCUGCUGCUGCUGUACAGCGACUACCUGGCGUCGGCCAAUCAGACGCUCUCGUGCGACGGCACGAAGUACACCCCACCUGACAUGGUGGCGUUUGCACAGUCACAGGUGGAUUACCUUCUGGGCGUCAACCCCCUCAACGCGUCCUACAUGGUUGGCUUUGGGCAGUCGUACCCGCAGAAGCUGCGCCACCGGGCGGCGUCCAUCGUCUCUUUCAACGCGGACAGCACACCGGUUACGUGCGAGGGCGGCAAGUCAGAGUGGCUCAUGAGCGCUGACCCCAACCCCAACGCGCACACAGGGGCAAUUGUUGGGGGGCCUGAUGCCGACGAUGCAUUCUCAGACGAUCGCCUCUUAGCAGCCUUCAACGAGCCGUCUCUCUUCACCAAUGCUGCUGCCGUCGGGGCUCUCGCCAGGCUCGUUGCUGGCGCCCUCCCCCCCGGCCCCUCCCCCCCUCCUGCUCCGCCCUCCCCUCCCAUUCCGCCAUCCCCACCUCCCGCUCCCCCCCCUCCCCCUCGCCCGCCCCAGCCCCCCCCUCCUCCCCCAAGCCCACCGUCGCCCCCGCCUUCUCCCCCUCCCCCAGCCUCCCAGGUGACCAUCACUUGCAUCAUAUCCGGCGGCUGGGUGGCGGACGGCAAGGAGGUGGCGCAGUGGGGGUGCAUGCUCAGCAACACGGGCGCGCUCUACCCGGUCACGGGCAUCUCGCUGCUCUGCUCCGCCUUCCAGCCACAGCAGUACUGGAACAUCGACCCCCUCGCCUGCGCCCUGCCUGACUGGGCCCGGAACCUCGGGCCAGGGGGAAGCGCGUCCUUUGGGUUCAUACAGGAGAAGGCUGUCACGCCGCAAUUUAGUGUUCUGGGGUAUUUCUCGAAUGCACCCCCGUCGCCCAGUCCGGAUGGCGGGUCUUCUCCCCCACUGUCUUCCUCCCCUCCCCCGCCCUCUCCCCAGCUUUCGCCUCCUCCUCCUCCUUCUCCCCCUUCCCCCACGAGCUCCCCCCGUCCCCCUCCCCCUACCUCAUCCCCCCCCCAGCCUCCUCCCCCUCUGCCGUCCCCUUCUCCCCCACUGCCAGCCACCACCACCCCGCCUGCCUCACCCUCUCCCUCCUCCUCUCUCUCUGUCGAGCACAGCCUGCUGUACGAGUGGCCCCCUGAUGCUGCAGCUUUCAACAUCACUAUUACAAACCCCUCUACCAGCACUGCUGUUGCGGUUACCAUAUCGGUAACGCUGCUUGUUGACGAUCCUCCGAUCACCAGUGUCUGGGGGCUGGCUUCUGCGGGCAGCAGUGGCAUCAGCGAUUUGGGCAGGAUGAAAAUCGUGUCAUUGUACCGGGUGGCGGCGAACCUGCUGCCCAUGCUGCCUGGUGAGACGGCCCAAGUGGGGUAUAUCAAGUCCGGGCAGCCUGGAAAUGUUUCGAUUGCAGAGGUGGUCUGGUUGGAGCAGUCUCCUCCUCCCCCUUCCCCUCCUACCAAACGCCCCCCUCCGCCCCCUCCUACCAAACGUCCCCCUCCCCCUCGGCCUCCCCGCCCUCCUCCCCCUCGUCCCCCUCGCCCUCCUCCCCGUCCCCCUCCUCCUAAACCCCCCCGACCCCCUCCCCCUCGGCCCCCCAAGCCACCUCCCCGACCCCCACCCCGCCCUCCCCUGCGCCCUCCCCCAAGACCCCCCCCACGGCCGCCCCCCCGCCCUCCCCCACGCCCUCCCCCAAGAACUCCUCCCCCCAAAGCAGUGUAGCUUGUGAAGGCGACCAGAUGCUGCUAGGGUUGAGCAAUGCUGAAUGCUUAUACUGAGGAUAGUGUCAUCGUGGAAUUAGGUGGGAGGUGUGCUUAGUUGGGGAUGUAGACACAAAGAUUGGGCCAUAUCUUUAAGGCUUGGGAAAAGCUGUCUGCCAUGGUCACGGAAGACAGUGCAAUGUGUCAACAUAUUUAUAUAUUGUAAUAGGCUAGAUAGGUGCAUGCUCAUAGAGAGUACAGCACCAUAGCACAGAACCUGCCUGUAUGCCUCAUUC